UUCCGUGAGUUUUGACAGUGACAGUAUUGUUGUCACUUGUAUGGGUUCAAGUCUCAGCGUAAUGCAGUAGAGAACGCCAUUUUGCGUAUCACUGCUGAUAGGUACAAAGAGAUAAUUAAUAAUCCAUUCGUGUUCAUCGGUUGAGUUUUCUUAGUUGACGGCUCUUUGUCUCUGAGGAAGGACUGCUAUCUACAGCCAUGGGUCGAGCCACAUUGUUGAUGCCGCUGGCGCUUCUAUUUUUAGCAAGUGUGAUUCCGUCGAAGGCUCAGAAGAACGAGGCGGCGGCGGGGGAGGAGAGCCGAGUGACUGUGACGGCCGGGGCUCCGCUGACGGUGGAGUGUCGCCUGCGGCCCGAGCAGCGCGCCGAGUGGCGUAGGGACGGGGCCACGCCGCCGCCCGACUUGCGUGCGGCCCCCGAAGCGGCAGCAGGCUCGGGGCUGGCCGCUCGCCUGCAGGCCCCGGCCGCCCGCGAUCACCACGCCGGCCUCUACACUUGCAGCCGGGAGCGCGACCACCGCGUGCGCGUCGUGGUGCUCCCCGCGGAGUCGGCCGCCCCUGUGUCUGUGUCUCCCUCGGCCUCCGAGGCCGUCCCCGCCGCACCCGCCGGGCCCGUGUCUCCCGCCGCCGCCGGGGCCUCGGACCUCGCAGAGCUGUUGUACGACGUGCGCGGUAACCUGUCCCUGCACUGCUCGCUGCCCAACGAGAACAGCCUCGCAUAUGUCUGGACUAAGAACGGUACGGCCCUAGAGCAGGUGUGGGAGAUGACAGGCCGCUACGUGCUAGAGAAGGGAGGAGCAGAGCUGAGACUGGCCCGGGCCCUGGAGGACGACUUCGGCAACUACACGUGUGGAGUCGCGGGAAGGAGCGAGACACAGGGCUGGGCGGUGCGCGGGCGACCGCAUCUCAAGGUGCCCGCCAACACCAACGUGGUGGAGGGGCAGCGGCUCAAGCUCGUGUGCAAGGUUAUUGGCAAACCUUACCGGCCUGUCAGUUGGUGGUACUCCAACUCCUCGGACGACGAAGGCAACUUCACGGAGGUGACGGCGGCGCUCGGGGCGCGCGCCGUAGUGGGCUCGGGCGAGGGCGGAGCGCCCGGCGCCGUGCUCACCGUGGAGGCGGCGGCGCGCUCCGACGCCGGCCGCUACCGCUGCAGCGCGCCGGACGCCACACUGCCCGCCACCACCACGCUCCGGGUCAAGGACAUGUACGCCGCCCUAUGGCCCUUCCUCGGCAUCUGCGCCGAGGUGUUCGUGCUCUGCGCCAUCAUCCUGGUCUACGAGAAGAGACGCACCAAGCCCGAGCUCGACGACUCCGACACCGAUAACCACGACCAGAAGAAGUCGUAAGUCGUCGGCGGCGCGCACGCCUCGGUCCGUUCGUUAGCUAUUUCGUGUUUUGUUCGUGAAGAUAUUACCAAAUAUAUUAAUGUUUGUUAUUUAGUUAAGAAAAUGUAGUCGGCGUGUUGUUACCGGCCGCCAGCCACCGCAUCGUGUACAUAACAUCUGAAAUGGAAUUUAUAUACGUUGUUAGUUUUAUUUGUCGCUUCGUUAACUCAGCCCGCGUCCGUGUGAUACUUAACGUCUCAAAGUAAGCUCUGUAUGUAUGUAACUCGCAUCGCUUCCUUCGCGAGGUCUGUUCCCUGGCGGGGUCAGGGUCGACCCCGCCAUCAGAUCGUAAACAGUAUAAUGAACAGAACACCCCACUGUAACUACUGAUACUAAUAAAUUUUUUCGAAAACA